AUGAAACCUUAUAAUGUUAUUUUUCUCGCUGAGAUGCUUUAUUUUUCUACUCCGCAUCGAGUGUUGCUAUGGUGUCGCCAAACAGGAUUUGUGAAUCGAUUGCGACACUCGUUUAGACAGAUUAUCAUCUAUGAAGACGCAAUCGACGAAGCAUUUUAUGCAAAACAUUCCUCAGCAUUUUUAUUCCGACAGAGUUUGAGCUUCAUCUUGGCGACAGCAAAUUAUAACAAAAGUGAAAUUUUUGAUUUUUUUCCUACACUGCGCAAUAGAAUGCAUAGUCUCGCUACAGUUGAAAAUCUCAAGCGACAGAAUGUUUAA